UGUCGCAAGCAUGCAGAACAAUCGUGGAAACGCGACCCAGUACUAUUUCGCGGAUCGGAUAUGAAUGCUUACAUAAUCCAAAGACCUAUGAUGCUUGACCCUGGCGAACGACAACUGUCUUUCUCACAUACAGCCGCAGCAACACCACCGCUCUAGUCCUCGUUCCUAGUGUUGCUUUUACAAACGUCACGCCAAUCGGCAAGGUCACUCAAAUCAGACCUUAAAUAUGUUUUUCUUCGGGCUGGGAGGGCUGUUCUAUGUUGCCGUACUCCUUAUUAAUGCUAUCGCCAUCCUCUCCGAAGACCGCUUUCUCGCACGCAUUGGUUGGACAGCAUCGGCAGAUCCUGGCUUCCCUGGUCAGCGCGAUGACUCAAGCGUCAAGGCACGACUGAUCAACCUCGUCUCCUCAGUACGAACAUUGAUGCGGAUACCGUUAAUGUUCAUCAACACUCUUAUGAUAAUAUACCUCAUCGUUCUUGGAUGAUCGUGGCACACACGGAGCCGGAGGAUGCUGAGACUGCUAUAACAGACAUAAUCACAACGUUCACAGAACGAGAUUAUAAAACGCCUUGACAGCGCCAUUGC